AUGCCUCGUAAAAGCCAUGGAACCUUUCCGAUUUUCCUGCCACUAAACCUCUGCGAUUACAAUGUGGGCAAAUAUGCCGAACCCCAGCUUAGUCUGGGCGAAUCAUCGCUGCUUGUCUCUCCUGUUCCUUGGAGGGGCGAUAUCUCAAGUCUUAUUUGUCCCUCCCAGGCUCGAGUUCAACGGCUCACCAUUCGCUCCCCAGGCUUUAUCGCCCCCCUCUGGCUGGUUAACGCUCGAUCGAUCCCUUCCUCGUCGGGGCCUGUCUUGGUCUUAUUCGUCUGUUUAGCUAUUUUUGUCCACCAGGCCAAGGGACCAAUUCUGUGCGGGAAAUGGCGCUUCCCGGUGACUGUCUUUUCCUCGGCCUGCCUGGAUCUUCGCCCCCAGAGGCUAUCGCGGUUCCACUACUUCGACGUCACAACUGCGGUGAAAUCCAAAACAACCACUUCCAAACCCUUAGCGACAAUCCGGCCUGGUUCUUGUGCAACUACAACGGCUGCUCUUCGAGUCCUUAUCGAGCUGUUGUCGUUCUAUUCCUACUUGUUUGACCGCACGUUCGCUCCCUCAUCAGGAUUCCUGGCCCCAUUCCUCCUGAUCGCCUUGCUACUUAUUCCCUCGAGAUCGUCGCCUGUUAUUUUCCGUUAUCUUGCAGCUUGA